CAGAAGCGGGCAGCUGAGGCCGCUCCGCGGUCCCCGCCCUUUCAGCGCUGCGCUCGCUACAAGCGUGCAGGAAGAGGACGCGAGCGGCUGUGCCAGCUGCGUUCCGAGCUCGGGCACCGCUGCUGCUUCUCCUCCAAGCGCCGGGCGCCCCCGCCGCGCUCAGUCCGAAGUCGGCCACCAUGGAGGCGCAGGCACGCGGUUUGUUGGAGACUGAACCACUGCAAGGAAGAGAUGAAGACACAGGAGCCAGUGCUGACUUCCCUAGCAUGCUCUCUGAGGAGGAAAAAGAAGAAUUAAAGGCAGAACUAGUUCAGCUAGAAGAUGAAAUUACAACAUUACGACAAGUUUUAUCAGCGAAAGAAAGGCGUCUGGUUGAGAUAAAACAAAAACUCGGCAUGAACUUGAUGAAUGAAUUAAAACAGAACUUCAGCAGAAGCUGGCAUGACGUGCAGACUACUACUGCCUACAAGAAAACACAUGAAACUCUGAGUCACGCAGGGCAGAAGGCAACUGCAGCUUUCAGCAACGUUGGGACGGCCAUCAGCAAGAAGUUUGGAGACAUGAGCUACUCCAUUCGCCAUUCCAUAAGUAUGCCUGCUAUGAGGAAUUCUCCUACUUUCAAAUCAUUUGAGGAGAGGGUUGAGACAACUGUCACAAGCCUUAAGACGAAAGUAGGCGGGACGAACCACGGCGGAGGCAGCUUCGAGGAGGUGCUAAGCUCCACGGCCCAAGCCAGCGCGCAGAGCUCGGCCGGCGGCCCCCGGCGGGCCGAGGGGGAGGAGCUGCAGUGCUAGGGCCCCGCCUGCGCCCGCAGCCGCCUCCAGGGACCCUGCCCUGCCCGCGCGCAUCCGGAUAUGAAGACCAGAAUCCCACUGGAAGACCCAGGCCUUGACCUUGUUCUUCAAAUGGCUUCUCCUGAAAGUUUAAUUAAAUGAUUUCCACUUGAAUUUGCGUUGAUGAUGGACCACGUGACCAUCACACUUUAGUAUUCAUAGAUUGUCAUCUUUUAAAAUGUCGGCUCUAGCAGGUACACAGUUGGUCACGACCCUUGUUUUUUGUGUAAUUCAACAUAUUUUCCAAACAUGUAGCUAUUAAUUAUUUGCUUCGAUUUUUGUUUGGACUCCUGUACGAAGUGCAUGUCUUUGAAGGCUCAGUGCCCCCUUUCAGUUCUGUCCACAGGAUGGGGCUCUUUCUGACCGUCUCUAGCAGUGAAUGGGAUGACACUGAGAAUUUCAUCAAACUGCUUCCGAUCUCCCUCGCCUACUUUAAUUCCUUAUGUUUAUUUAAGCAAUUAAAAUAAUUGAUUUUAAUGAC